AUGCUACGAAUUAUUUCCUUCUUGGCUCUAUUCCGGGCUGGUCUGGCGGCUUAUUAUGUUGUUGCGCCGGCUGGAAAUUUCUCCACCACCGAAGCCUACUGCCAAUCGAUGGGGCUGCACCUGGUCUCCAUCCACAAUGUUCUUGACAACACGGCCGUACAAGUUUUUGCAGAAUCCAAAUACAUCCCAAAUUUCUGGAUCGGAAUGAGCGGAACGUCUGGAAAAUACUUCAGCUGGACCGACGGGAGCGCUUUGGAUUAUUUCAAUUGGGCUCCGGGCUUCCCGACAUACGACCCUUGCGUGGCCCAGCCAAAGUGUGAUUUUGGGUGGACACAAUUGGCCGAGACCAGCCAGUGCUAUUUGCCAGGCCAAGCCGCCACGCAUGACGACGCCCUCGCCGCGUGCCGGAAGAUGUACGCCAGGCUGACGUCGAUCCACACCAAGUCGGAGAAUGACUUCAUUAUGGCUCUAGCCCCGCCGUCCCCCGUCCAGCAGCAGUGCAAUCCGGAGGCGCCGUACGGAAUUUGGACUGGAGGUAUGGCGAUGAACGGGUACGAUUCGUGGGCCGACGGGACCGCAUUUUCUUAUCCGAAUCUUUAUGGAAAUGGAGAUCCGUCGAGCGGUGCGAUUUACCUAGCAGCCGAGCCAGGAUGCCCGGAUUUCGGGAAAUGGCGAGUAACCCCCUCGAAGACGCUGACUUUGAGCUAUGUUUGCAAGAAAAACCCAAUG